AUGACUCCGCCUGCCCGGGAGCCCCGAUCUCGUCUGGCCGGGACCCUCCCACAGACUGCUAGCCAGCCUGACUGUACUGACAGGGAUCUGGGUGAACCGCUGGCAUUUUCAAAACUGGGAGACUCUGCCCAGUCCAGCAAGGACGGGCCACCCCUGGGUGUGGAGCGGCUGCAGCAGGGCAUCGCCUUGCCCACGGCCAAAGCGGCCCCCAAAGGCAAAGAUGCUGCCAAGCCAGCCCCCAAGGAAGCUCCCCCCAAGGAGGCCCCUGCGGAGCCCCCCAAAGAAGCCCCACCCCCACCUGAGGAUCUGUCCCCCACUGCUGAGGAGCCCACCGGCAUUUUCCUGAAGAAGCCAGACUCUGUGUCGGCGGAGACUGGAAAGGAUGCAGUGUUCGUGGCCAAGAUCAACGGCAAGGAACUCCCAGGCAAACCCACCAUCAAGUGGUUCAAGGGGAAGUGGCAGGAGCUUAGCAGCAAGAGCGGGACCCGAUUCACCUUCAAGGAGUCUCACGACUCUGCCAGCAAUGUUUACACCGUGGAGAUGAGCAUUGGGAAGGUGAUACUGGGGGACCGUGGGGAUUACCGUCUCGAGGUCAAAGCCAAGGACGCCUGUGACAGCUGUGGCUUCAACAUCGAUGUGGAGGCGCACCGUGAGGACACUUCUGGGCAAAGUCUAGAAAGCUUCAAGCGUUCGGGUGAAGGGAAGUCAGAAGACGCGGGUGAGCUGGAUUUCAGCGGCCUGUUGAAGAAGAGGGAGGUGGUUGAGGAGGAGAAAAAGAAGAAAAAGGAUGAAGACGACUUAGGCAUCCCGCCCGAGAUCUGGGAACUCCUAAAAGGAGCCAAGAAGAGCGAGUAUGAGAAGAUCGCCUUCCAGUACGGCAUCACCGACCUCCGGGGCAUGCUCAAGCGGCUCAAGAAGGCCAAGGUCGAGGUCAAGAAGAGUGCAGCCUUCACAAAGAAGCUGGACCCCGCUUACCAAGUGGACAGAGGCAACAAGGUCAAGCUGGUGGUGGAGAUCAGUGACCCGGACCUUCCGCUCAAGUGGUACAAGAACGGCCAGGAGAUCAAGCCCAGCAGCAAGUACGUGUUUGAGAAUGUUGGCAAGAAGCGAAUUCUCACCAUCAACAAGUGCACGAUGGCGGACGACUCUGCUUAUGAGGUGGCCGUCAAGGACGAGAAGUGCUUCACUGAGCUCUUUGUCAAAGAGCCUCCGGUCUUGAUUGUCAAACCCCUUGAGGACCAGCAGGUGUUUGUGGGCGACCGCGUAGAAAUGGUCGUGGAGGUGUCAGAAGAGGGGGCCCAGGUCAUGUGGAUGAAGGAUGGGGUGGAGAUGACCCGGGAGGACUCCUACAAGGCCCGAUACCGCUUCAAGAAGGAUGGCAAGCGCCACAUUCUCAUCUACUCGGACGUGUCCCUGGAGGACGGGGGUCGCUUCCAGGUCAUGACCAACGGCGGCCAGUGCGAGGCUGAACUCAUUGUGGAAGAGAAGCCGCUGGAGGUGCUCCAGGACAUCGCCGACCUGACGGUGAAGGCCUCCGACCAGGCCGUGUUCAAGUGCGAGGUGUCUGACGAGAAGGUGACCGGCAAGUGGUACAAGAACGGGGUGGAGGUGCGGCCCAGCAAGAGGAUCACCAUCUCCCACGUGGGGAGGAUCCACAAGCUGGUGAUUGACGACGUGCGUCCCGAGGAUGAGGCCGACUACACAUUCGUGCCCGACGGCUAUGCCCUGUCCCUGUCCGCCAAGCUCAACUUCCUGGAAAUCAAGGUGGAGUACGUGCCUAAGCAAGAGCCGCCGAAGAUACACCUGGACUGCUCAGGGAAGACCUCCGAGAACUCGAUCGUGGUUGUGGCUGGAAACAAGCUGAGGCUGGACGUGGCCAUCACAGGGGAGCCCCCUCCGGUCGCCACCUGGCUGAGGGGCGAUGAGGUAUGGGGGCCCCUGGACCUUGCUUACGUGGGCUCUCUGUGCCUCUGUGGGACCCUGGGUGAGCCGCGCUCCCUCUCUGGGCCUCCAUUUCGUUGUAGAGCCACCAAGGCUCUGCCCAGGGGUUUGGGGAGCGGGCUCCCGGGAGGGACCCAGCAGGCCCGCUGCUCUCUGCCAGCGGAGGAAUGGCUUCCCGCCAACUCGGAGCCCGUGGAGCGCUGCGGCUUCACCGUCAAGAAUCUCCCCACCGGAGCGAGGAUCCUCUUCCGCGUCGUCGGGGUCAACAUCGCGGGGCGCAGCCAGCCGGCCACGCUGGUGCAGCCCGUCACCAUCCGGGAGAUUGUGGAGCAACCCAAGAUCCGCCUCCCCCGCCACCUCCGCCAGACAUAUAUCCGCCGAGUCGGGGAGCAGAUCAACCUCGUCAUCCCCUUCCAGGGGAAGCCCCGGCCGCAGGUGGUGUGGACCAAGGCAGGGGCGCCCCUGGACUCGAGCCGCGUGCACGUGCGGACCAGCGACCUGGACACUGUGUUCUUCGUGCGCCAGGCGGCGCGCUCCGACUCCGGGGAGUACACGCUGAGCGUGCAGAUCGAGAACAUGAAGGACGAGGCCUCCAUCCGCAUCCGGGUCGUGGAGAAGGCGGGGCCCGCGGAGAACGUGGUGGUGAAGGAGGUGUGGGGCGGAAACGCGCUGGUGGAGUGGCAGCCCCCCAAGGAUGACGGGAACAGUGAGGUCACUGGGUAUUUCAUCCAGAAGGCCGACAAGAAGACCAUGGAGUGGUUCAACGUCUAUGAACACAGCCGGCCCACCCACUGCACGGUGUCCGACCUCAUCGUGGGCAACGAGUACUACUUCCGCGUCUUCAGCGAGAACAUCUGUGGGCUCAGCGACAUCCCCGGUGUCUCCAAGAACACCGCCCAGAUCCUCAAGACAGGUCUGUUCUUCAAGCCCCUGGACUACAAGGAGCACGACUUCCGGACCCCUCCCAAGUUCCUGACGCCCCUGCCAGACCGGGUGGUGGUGGCUGGCUACUCCGCUGCCCUCAACUGUGCCGUCAGGGGCCACCCAAAGCCCAAGGUGGUCUGGAUGAAGAACAAGAUGGAAAUCCGCGAGGACCCCAAGUUCCUGAUGACCAACUACCAGGGGGUGCUGACGCUCAGCAUCCGCCGCCCCUCCCCCUUCGACUCGGGGACUUACUCCUGCCGGGCAGUCAACGAGCUGGGGGAGGCGCUGGCCGAGUGCAAGCUGGACGUCAAAGUGCCGCAGUGAACACGGUCCUCCAGCUGCGAGAUAACUGGCUGCGAGUCCUGGCCCAGCCCGCGCCCCCCACCCCGUGUUAGGGGGUCCUCCCUGAACAGAGAACAGUCUU